AUGCUAUACAACGACGAAUUGGAACUUCCCAAGCUACGCGACGUUAACGACAAGCGUAAACUGUACGCCAUGAAAGUGGAAAAGCAACGUGGUUGCGAAAGACCAGUACUGAAGCUCGACGUAGCAGUGCUGUCACAAAUGCGUAAUACUGUAGGAUUUCCGACGCUGAUCGUUGCCGGAAGGACUGAACUCUUCAAGAUGAGUUUAACUCAUGGCCCUUCUUCCAGAUUCACCCAAGCUACUGCAUACCGUAUCGCUCUUCAAACCCUGGACCGUUUAGAAAAGUUGCAUGAUGCCGGCUACCUCAAUAGAGACGUUAAAUCUCAGAAUUUUGCUGUUGGACUGGGAAAUGAGUCUUCAAUAAUCUACAUGCUCGAUUUCGGCUUAACAAGGCGAUUCAAACGGAACACAACUGAAACGUCGAGCAUGUGGGCCAUGUGUUGGGACGUAUCCGUUCUCACCACUAGCAUCAGCAACAAUGAGGGAUCAAGCGCCGAAGGACGAUUUGGAGGGCUGGUUCUACAUGGAUGUCUUCCAUGGUAUAACGCGAAAACGUCUCCGGAUCACGGACUGACAAGAGAAUGGAAGCAGUACGCACGUGGCACAUACAAAUCGGAAAUGUUGAGCACUUUGCCAUCUGAAUUUACUCCAAUAUUCAACAAGAUCACAGCUACUAGAUUCGAAGAAAGGCCACGGUAUCAAUUUAUACAGAGAAUGGUUCUUGCCAGUGUCACACGGCAGGGUAUCAAUUUGAAUGUCCCUUAUGAUUGGCAGACUGUUCCAUCUUUGCUUUCGCUCGUUGAGAAAUCAGUUAUGCAUGAUCCAAUUCCACAGAGCGCCGUGACUGCAGUCGAUAUGGAAGGGACGGCAGUCGAAAUGCAGCCAACAGUGGAAGAAGCAUUUGAUACCAAUCAGUCCAUUGCUGUGCUAACUUAG